UGUUUUUUUUUAAUUGAAUUUGUUAAGAAUAAACUAUUCUAGGAUAUAAAUAAUAUACAGAAUAAACAGUACACAUUAGAUAUUUCAAAAUGGUUGUGAAAUUACCGCCUAUACCGCCAGAAGUAAAACCGGUGGCUCAUUUACUAAAAUUAGCAGAUGAACAUGAUGACAGAAAUAUUGUUGUUGCUUAUUGGGCACGUAUGUCCGCUUGCCUUCUUGCCUUACGUAUAGUCCCAGGAAAGAAAUCUCCAGAGACUGCUGACCUAAUUCGUGCUCUCCUGGACUGGUUGGAACAAACAAAAAAACAGCAUCAAGAUAAUGACGGAAUUACAAGUGAAACCACAGCUCAAGCCUUAAUCGAAGAAUAUGCUCUGGCUUUGUUUGAACAUGCUGAUGAACAAGAUAAAGCCGCCAUUUUCAAUAAGAACACAGUAAAGACUUUUUACACUUCCGGUAUGUUGAUGGAUGUUCUGGAUCAGUUUGGUACACUUCCGGAUGAUAUUAGGGAAAAACGUAAAUAUGCCAAGUGGAAGGCUGCCUACAUUCACAACUGUUUAAAAGCUGGAGAAAUUCCUUUACCUGGUCCUCCUAAGAGUGCUAAUGAUCCGGGCAACAUCGUUCACAAUAGUCAACUUUCCGAAGAAGAGCUCUCAACUUAUACUAAAUUUACGGGACCUAUUCCUCUAACUCCAGAAGAUAAACCACAGUUUCCCAACACUCCACCGCAGGACAACUUCGGCUUAAACCUACCUAAGCCAGAUGACAAUUUCACUCACGCACCGGCAUCUUCACCGGUUACACCCCUUAUACCACAACAACCGGUACCAUCCACUCCCAUAGUACCCCCACAACCUUCGACUACCUUGCUGCCGGCUCCGGGCAACGGGGAACAGGUGUCCAUCACUCCUGAGCAGAUCCAGAAGGCGCAGAAGUUCUGCAAAUUUGCUACUUCGGCCUUGAAUUACGACGACGUGAAAAGCGCCAUCGAAAAUCUCCACAAGGCCUUGAAUUUGUUGCAGCUAGGUAGGGAAGAGUAAAAAGAAUAAAUGUCUACUUUUUAUAACGUUUGUUUUUAUUUUUUAAGUUUUAAAUUAGUUUGUAUUUCAUGCGGAAUAGGAGAGAGAUGUUUGUGGUACUAUUCUGUGAUUAACGAUAUGCUUUAAUUCCAUUUGAAGUUUCAUGUACCUAAACUGUAACCUUAAGUAGUUAAAUUAGAAAAUAUAUUCGUUUCGAUUAAUAGUAUCAAAGUACUUCAUGCCUUUUCCAUUAGAAUUAUCUUUCCGAUGUUAGCCGGCUGGCACGUUUGUUUAAUUUCGAUUUCCAUAAGGAUGUAAAUAAGAAUAUUGGUGAUGUAUAGUUUUAUAUCUGUUCAGUGUUUCAAAUAAAAGCUUAUAUAUUGAA